GAGCCAGAAAGGGUGUUUGGAACAGAGCCUGGGGAGCAGAAGGAUGGGGAAGUUACUUUGAGGGAAGGACCUGGGGUGGGGAGUGGGUUGUGGGGGAUGGAAGCAGUUGAACAGUGGGGAAAGAGGCAUAUUUGGCAGAGGUCAGGGGUCAGGAGGCAAAGGCACUGGAUAUAGAAUCAGACUAGCUCAGCUAGCAGGGAGCCCAGGUCUGAAAUAAAAUUGAGACCAGGGAAGCCAUUCUCUUCCAGCCAGGCUCUCACUCUUCCCGGUUGCUUGCAGCAACCACAUGGUUUAGCCUGUGGCUCCCAGUUACCAACAUCUCAGCUUCCCCACCCCAUCCUCAGGCUGUCUUAACACCCCCUUCCUGAUUUCAGGCUAUAGCAUACCCUGCCCCUUCUUUCCAAGCUGAAGAAUCCAUAAAUUUGAUGAGAAAGCCAGUCCGCCUUGGCCCAGACGGGAGCUACACAGAUACCAGCCACCUACCCCUACCCUGCCCCAUCCACUCGAAACCCAGGAUAAAUGCCUGGUCUUGGGGUAGGGUGCCCCCCCCCUUCAAAUUCUGGAAAGUUUCCUGUAAAUUUGUUUUGCUCAAAAUAAAAAUACAGCCAACGCAAGGGUUUACAAAGCCAGUGGCACACACCCCAGCCCCCCUUCUAGUGGUUGGAACAUCCUGAGCAACAGAAAACCAGCAGUCAGCCUUGGAGGAAUACCACAAGACAGUGUUCUGGCCCAAGUAUGACCCCCAUCCAGAGGCAACGGCUGAAAGGGGCUUAGGAGACGGCAGGCUUCCGCACCUGAGCGCUGGAUGAAGGGAGAGGGGCUGGGUUAGGUUCCUUCCAGCCAGCAAAGACAUCAGACCUCUAUUCGUCCCACAGCCCUACCCUACCCUCAAUUUCCUCUGUGUUAGCGGGCAUGAAUCACGCAUAGCUGGGGUCUGGCAAGACUUGGGGUCUGGUUCCUCCUCUCACCCCCCAACACAGACAAGAACUCCUACCAGUCAGCCCAGAGCUUGCCUUGGGGCCAGAGCUGUGACUCUUCCUGCCCACCCUCCUGUUUCCAUCGUGGCUCAAGGAGACACACAGAGACCCAGUUGGCCGGGGUAGGCCUGCCCACAGGACCUGGGGUCGUGAAGCCUGAGCUGUCAGGACCCAGCCCUCUCACCACCCUUACAGUCCUGGGGCCACUGCCCAGGGGUGGCUUCUGCCAAGUACACCUUGGCGCCACUCUGGCCACCCCCCUGAGAGAACCACCCCCCACAAAGGGUCCUGACCACCGCAGGGUGGGGUGGGUAUGAGGAGAUGUGGACAUUUUAGGGAGAUUAAGGAGGGGGGAAGACAGCACCACCGUGCCUGUGGUCUUUAGGUGUUUGCUGAGGCCUGUGGGUCAUCCCCUCGCCCCCAGUUCCCACUUUUCUGGUUGCCUUCAGUCGUGGCAAAGGGAUACAGGGGGUGCAGGGGACAGAAAGCCAGCCUGAGGCUGGGAGAGAGAGGCCAGGGCCAGUCGAGGGCGGGGAGGAGCUCCACCUCUUGAGAGCAGCUGGAGCGGGGAGCCCGACGCCAGGGUGGCUCUCACGCUCCGCCGGCGCCGCACAAGAGCCCCAUUAAAGCGCCGCAGGCCUGCGACCGCGGCGAGACUCGCGUCCGGCUGUCCGGCCCUGCUUCCUCCCUCGCUGGGUCCCGGGCACGCGGCCGAGGGCGUCUGGGGGGAGGCGUGGAGGCACAGACUUGAGCAAACAAAUAAGUUCAGGGGCUGCCCCCCUCCCCGACUCGGGAGUAAACUCCGGGUCCUGGACACACCCAUACCCUCCCCCGCCCCGGGCGGAGAGGAGGUCGGGGUGGGGAGGGAGCGGGUGCGAGGGCAGGGAGACAGGGGCCCGAGCUAGGGGCCGCGUUUAGGGGCCAGUGCGGCCCCCCGCAGAGUCCCCAGGGUGGGAGGGCCCUUCCCCGUCGAGGGCAGGGGCGCAGCUCUGGGCGGGAGGGAGUUAACCCGGUGGCCUCCGGCUCCACGUAGGAGCUGGCUCUGGCUGCCGGCUGCGGUCAGGGCCACCAUAUAAAUAGGGCGGGAGACCGAGCGCCGAGGACUUGCCGCUGCCCCCUGCCUCGGCCCCAGACGUCCCGGCCAUGGCCCGCCUGGUGCUCCUGCUCAGCCUCAGCCUGGGCCUCCUGGCCAGCCUGCUGCCUGCGCUGGCCGCCUGCCCCCAGAACUGCCACUGCCACAGCGACCUGCAGCACGUCAUCUGCGACAAGGUGGGGCUGCAGAAGAUCCCCAAGGUGUCGGAGAAGACCAAGCUGCUUAACCUACAGCGCAACAACUUCCCCGUGCUGGCAGCCAACUCAUUUCGGGCCAUGCCCAACCUCGUGUCGCUGCACCUGCAGCACUGCCAGAUCCGCGAGGUGGCCGCUGGCGCCUUCCGAGGCCUCAAGCAGCUCAUCUACCUGUACCUGUCCCAUAACGACAUCCGCGUGCUGCGUGCUGGUGCCUUCGACGACCUGACCGAGCUCACCUACCUCUACCUGGACCACAAUAAGGUGACAGAGCUGCCCCGGGGGCUGCUCUCCCCUCUGGUCAACCUUUUCAUCCUGCAGCUCAACAACAACAAGAUCCGAGAGCUGCGCGCAGGCGCCUUCCAGGGCGCCAAGGACCUGCGCUGGCUCUACCUGUCGGAAAACUCACUCAGUUCCCUGCAGCCCGGUGCUCUGGACGACGUGGAAAACCUCGCCAAGUUCUACCUGGACAGGAACCAGCUGUCCAGCUACCCCUCAGCUGCUCUGAGCAAGCUGAGGGUGGUGGAGGAGCUGAAGCUGUCCCACAAUCCCCUGAAAAGCAUUCCCGACAAUGCCUUCCAGUCCUUCGGCAGAUACCUGGAGACGCUCUGGCUGGACAACACCAACCUGGAGAAGUUUUCUGACAGUGCCUUCCUGGGUGUGACCACGCUGAAACAUGUCCAUCUGGAGAACAACCGCCUGCACCAGCUGCCCUCCAACUUCCCCUUUGACAGCCUGGAGACCCUCACCCUCACCAACAACCCCUGGAAGUGUACCUGCCAGCUCCGGGGCCUUCGGAGGUGGCUGGAAGCUAAGACCUCUCGCCCUGAUGCCACUUGUGCAUCGCCCGCCAAGUUCAGGGGCCAGCACAUUCGUGACACAGAUGCCUUCCGCGGCUGCAAGUUCCCCACUAAGAGGUCCAAGAAAGCCGGCCGCCAUUAAACAGGUCCUGACCCAGCCAGUCCUGGUGACUGGCCUCUGCCUUCUGCCGGAGAAACUACUGAUCCUCUCACCUCUGACUCCCAUCUUCUCUCAACACCCUCUGCUGAUACAUAGAUCUGUUCACACCUAGACAUGUCCUGGCAGGGCACCUGGGCACUCCAGCACAAACCCAGCUCCACUUGAGGCUGAGAGCUCCAGCAUGCCUGGCCUCACAGCCACAGCUCCUCUCAGAGAAGCUGUUGCUAAGACCCCCAAGUCCUUUAGGACCAGAACAGGGUGACCAUCAGGAUGGCCACCCUUCCAGAAUCCUCCUCUCAAUUUCCCUUUCCCUGUCAUUCGGAAACAAACAGCAGAUCCUUGCCCUACCCCUUGCUUCUAGGAAGGGUCUGAAGCCCCUACCCUCAACUCCGCCAGCCCCCACCUGCCAGGACACUGGUGCUUUGCCACACAUCCGCCCAUGCUGCAUUUCUUCCCCAGAUUUCUAUAAAUAUAAAUUUAUGUAUGUAUAAUAUUUA